AUGGACAUUACCUUUACUGAGGGGGAUGCACGUGCGGUACACCAUCCUCAUAGCGAUGCCCUGGUGGUAACAGCCAUGAUUGGAAAUGUCAAUGUGCACAGGCUUCUCGUAGACAACGGAAGCUCUGUCAAUAUCCUGGCCUACAGUGCGUACCAAAGAAUGAAAAUGGCAGACAAAGACAUGAUGGCCUGCUAUAACGAACUAUAUGGUUUCACAGGAAAUGUUGUCCAAAUUGUUGGAAGGGUAAAGCUCUCAAUCACCCUAGGGAUGGAACCACUGGCUGCCACUCAAGUUGCAGAGUUCAUGAUAGUGAAUGAGGACAUCUCCUAUAACGGGAUCCUGGGCAAACCUAUCUUAAGAGACAUGCGGAUCGUAACCUCAAUCUACCACUUGUCAAUGAAGUUCCCAACCCCUAAUGGAGUAGGAUGUGUGCGAGGAUGUCAGGCUGACUCCCAAGAAUGCUAUAGCAGGGCUUUGAAAUCCGCAGUGAAGGCCAGCAAAGAAAUCCAAUUAAUGGACAGAGACAUCCCCGAAAGCUGUUACAAGCAAGUGGAGAUAGAGGAGGAACCCGAAUCUAAGGCUCAGGGAAAAGUUCUGAUAAAAUUUGUGGAAGAGACCUGCAACAUGGUGGUCAUUGUGCAGCACCCGGGGGAAGACCCAUAUCUGGAAGCCUCACAUGCCAUGCAUGAAGGGCUUACCCUCACGAAUGCGCCUCUAGUAAAAAAUAUUGAUACAGCUGAAACCCUGGUCGAAGGGAUUGUGGAAGAUGUUACUGACAGUGAUUCUGAAGGGGCUAGACGAAAGCAGCUCCAGAAUCAAACAGAAGGAAAUAAGUGCGAGGCACCUUGUGACUUCAACAGUGCUAUGGCAGGAUUAGUGAAAGAAGCCUUCUACCCUACACGGCUAGCAAACCCAGUAUUGGUGAAGAAACCCAACGGAAAGUGGAGAACAUGCAUAGACUUCACUGAUCUGAACAAGGCUUGCCCUAAGGACAACUUCCCGCUUCCACGAAUUGACCAAUUGGUGGAUUCCACUGCUAGGCAUGCACUGUUAAGCUUCAUGGACGCUUACUCGGGCUAUAACCAAAUCCCCAUGUUCGAUACAGAUCAGGAACAUACCUCCUUUAUCACUGACAGGGGGCUCUAUUGCUAUAUUGGGAUGCCGUUCGGUUUGUUGAAUGCUGGGGCUACUUAUCAAAGGCUGGUCAACAAGAUGUUUAAGGACCACAUUGGGAAAACAAUGGAAGUAUAUGUGGAUGACAUGCUGGUCAAAUCAAAGGAAGCUUAUGAUCAUGUGACACACUUAUCAGAGAUGUUUGACAUACUAAGGGAUUACAGGAUGAAGUCGAAUCCCCAAAAAUGCGUAUUCGGGGUUGAGUCUGGCAAGUUCCUGGGCUUCAUUGUCAAUCACAGGAGAAUCGAAGCUAACCCUGUGAAGAUCAAGGCCUUAAUUGAAAUGAGGUCCCCUAGGAAUGUAAAGGAGGUGCAAUGCCUUACAGGCCGGGUCGCCGCCCCAAACCGGUUUAUCUCGAAGUCCUCAGACAAAUGUAGAGAAUUUUUUGCAGCCAUAAAAAAGGGGCAAAAAUUUGAAUGGACAACAGAAUGCGAGGCCGCCUUCCUAAAGCUGAAGGAGCAACUUGGGAGCCCGCCACUGUUGGCAAAACCAACGAAGGGUGAGGCCUUAAUUCUUUACCUAGGGGUUUCCGAGUUCUCAAUUAGCGUUGUCCUGAUCGAGGAGGAAGAGCAAGCCCAACAGCUAGUAUAUUACGUGAGCAAAAGACUGCUCGACGCUGAAACCCGCUACUCAAACAUGGAGAAGUUAGCCUACACACUAAUUUCGGCUGCCCGUAAACUAAGGCCUUACUUCCAGGCUCACAAGAUUGAAGUGCGAACAUCCUUCCCUCUCAGACAAGUGCUACACAAGCCCGAAGCCUCUGGAAGGAUCAUGAAAUGGGCAGUCGAGCUAGGCCAAUAUGAUAUAGAGUACAAGCCAAGAACCGCCAUCAAAGGGCAAGCGCUAGCUGACUUUAUCUUGGAAUUUCCACCCACUUUUGAUGUUGAAGGGAUGGAAUGCGUACCUGAACCUCAGUCUCCAAUAGCCAUACCCGAGAAUUGUUCCCCUUGGUGGAACUUGUACGUCGAUGGGGCUGUCAAUGGAAAUGGGGCCGGGGCUAGCAUUGUCUUAGUCAGUGUGGAAGGCCAUAAGCUGCAAAGCUCCAUUCACUUCGACUUUAAAGCCACCAACAAUGACGCGGAGUAUGAAUCCCUAAUAGCGGGGCUGAAGCUAGCCUUGGAGAUGAAGGUGGAAAAUAUAAACGUUUAUAGUGAUUCAAUGUUGGUAGUCUGGCACAUCCGAGGAGGCUUCCAAGCUAGAGGUCCCCGUACCGAUCUUUACAUGCGGUAUGCCCAGGAAUUAAUUGGGAAAUUCAGAGAGAUCAAGCUAGAGCAGAUACCAAGGUCUGAUAACGCAGAUGCAGAUGCCCUGGCUAAGCUAGGAUCGCAAAGGGAUGCGCAUAUGCUUGGGGUAAUCCCCCUCGAAAUCCAAUAUCAGCCUAGCAUCCCCAUGAUUGAAGUCCUAGAUGUUGAGGUUGAAGAAUCUGACCUUUGGACAACUCCAAUGCAGGAAUACUUAGCCAACGGAACCCUGCCUGCAGAAAAAGAUGAGGCCAGAAAAUUGAGAUACAAGGCAGCCCAGUAUGUGAUUUAUGAUGGAAUUCUUUACAAAAAGGGGUUCAAUCGACCCCUCCUCAGAUGUGUUGCUGGGAUAAGAUGUGAGUACAUUAUGCGCGAGGUGCAUGAAGGAAUUUGUGGAAAUCACUCGGGGGGUGCCUCCCUCGCCCACAUAAUUCUUCGUCAAGGCUACUACUAG